UUUUAUCAACAAAUAAAUUAAUUUUUAUACGGAGAACCCUUUGUAUAAUAUAUAGGGCAAAUUCUUUGAAAAAUUUAAAUCGGCACAUUUAGCAAAUCAGAUCAUUUUAUCGUAGAGAAAAAAAUUCGAUAGUCUCAUGAGCCACAACAAACAAAUAGUAAUUUUGGAUAACGGAGGCUUUACCGCGAAAAUCGGUGUGGUCUCAUCAACUUACGAUUCACUCGAUAAACUAAUUCAAACCGACCCGGUGAGUGACUUAACAAACUCCGGUCACUUGAAAGGACCCUCGGUUAUCCCCAAUUGCGUUACGAAAGCGAAAUCAGAAUCUCGCAGAUUAGCCUUCGUGGGAGAUCAGAUAGACGAAAUUUUCGACAAAUCCUCCCUCUUUUACCAAAGGCCUAUUCAAAGGGGUUACCUAGUCGGCUGGGAGCUGCAAAGACAGGUGUGGGAUCGGUUGUUCAAUUUUGUUUUACGCGACAAAUAUGAUCUGAAAAGCUCGCCCAUGGGGCCUGAUACCGAAUUAGUGGUGACGGUCCCUCCCUUGAAUUUCCCUUUCAUAACCGAUUCCAUGAACGAAAUAUUUUUCGAAGAAUACGGGUUUGGGUCUGUGCUUCAAAUAACCCCGUCAACUCUCUCGGCCCUGCGUUAUAGUUACGAAUCUAGCUUGAUUAAGCGGCGCCAUAAAACCGAAUCUCAUAAUCAUAAUAAAUGUUUAGUCGUGGAUUCAGGGUUUUCAUUCACUCACGUCAGUCAUUACGACACGAAUAUCGAUGAUUCCUCCGUCGGUAAGUUUUCUAUAGCGAGAGAUGACACCAGGCUCAGACGAUUAGACGUUGGAGGCAAGCUUUUGACGAAUUACCUCAAGGAAAUCAUAUCCUACCGACAGCUGCACGUGAUGGAAGAGUCCUACGUCAUAAAUCAGGUCAAGGAAGACUCCUGUUACGUCUCGCAAGAAUUCCUCAAGGAUAUGGAGGCGUGUCAAAAAUAUGGCAAUUUACCAAAAAAUCCAUUGUUUCGUGAGUACGUGCUCCCCGAUUUUCAACGUAUCAAAAAAGGUUACAUCAAGCCACGCUCUCCUGCUCAUUCGUCUGGGAAAGGAAGCGUUAUGGCGAAUCCCGCGCUCACCCCAAAUAGUGGAAAUGUUUUCAAGGGAAAUAUCAACUCAUCGAGGAAUAAUAACGAGGAGAGUAGGAACGGUCAAUCGGAUAAAAGUGUCAAUGAUGACGAUUACUUUCAAACCCUCUACCUUAGCAACGAACGAAUAACGGUUCCGGAAAUAAUUUUUAAUCCCUCCGACAUAGGCAUAUCUCAAAUGGGACUGCCUGAACUCAUGUUAGAAUCUGUGGCUGACGAUCAGGGCUACCUUGAUCACGUUAUAUUGACCGGGGGAAAUACCAUGUUCCCUGGCUUGGACAUACGGCUCAUUAGAGAGUUGAGAACCUUGACGGCGUUCGAUAAGGAUGUUUCAUUAUACGUCCCCAAGGAUCCUAUAACUUAUGCCUGGGGAGGGGGCGCGCUCCUACCCAUCAUAUUUCCUGAGUUUUACGCGUCUGUUAAGUUGGAUAAGCGCCGGUACACGGAAGAGGGCCCUGAUCGCGCCAAAAAUUCGACAAUAUUUUUCCUCUGAAAUGUUUGCAUUGAAUUUUAUAUUUUUAAAUAUUUAUUUAUUUAAAUUAUACAAUAAUAGAAUAAAUGUGAUAUCAAUUAUUCAAAUUUUUUUAAAAAAAUUAUAAUUUAUCAAAACUAUUGUACGCCUACUUAUUAAGCCUGUGUUAAACCAUAACUGGUAGGUAAAGAUUCCCAUAUUAUAAACGACGUAUGCCUUGCAUCAUAUCAUAUGGUGGCUCGUUUCCGUUUAGGUUUAUGUCCCUUUUUUUAGGAACGAAUUCGAUUUUUAAAUGCGAGUUCCCCUUCAGUAUAAUCUAUCUCUCUAUAUCACAUAUCAAUUUUGUUUAAAAGAUUGAACUCACCUGAUUAAUUUUUCUAAAGGCAGAUUUUGUUAAAAUCUUUUUUUUGAGUGUGGCAAUUUUCCAAUCGGCCACCUUUAGCGCUAGCCUAAUUAUUACGCAAAUAUUAUGAUAUAUAAAUGAUAGAUUGAGCUUUUCGAAAUUAAUCUAUAAUUCGAUAUGAGAUAAUUUUUUAUUUU